CGGCCAUGUGUCUCCUGAUUCUCGCUGGCUGGACUGCCAGACCACAUAUAUAGGCCGCAAAAGCUUGGCCUUGGUCCAAAAUGAAAUCCCCAACCAUGGGUGUCCAGGGAACAGUGCCGAAGAAGCGAACUCGGGUCAGUCACACCAAGGUGCGUACUGGAUGUCGAACAUGCAGGAUCCGCCAUAAGAAGUGUGACGAGACCCGUCCCAUCUGUCUCAUGUGCAGCAGCACUGGACGCAUCUGCGAUGGAUACCAGCAGACUAUUGACAGAAGAACCCGGGCCUCCCGGCUCCGGCUCUUAUCCACAUCACCGUCAUCAGCUAGCGACACAUCUUCGACCGUGAGCAUGCCGUCACUAGUGUCGGAUGUGAUCCUGCACACCAAUCAGAUCGACCUGACCCGGCAGGAACGUUGGUAUCUCGACUUCUUCCGUCGCAGCACAGCUUUUCAAUGCUCCGGUUACUUCGAUGACGAUUUCUGGCUGCGCCUGGUCCACCAGGUCACGGAGGCGGAGCCAGCAGUCCGGCAUGCUGCCAUCGCCCUAAGUGCUCUACACUGCAACUUCGAGCGGAACAGCACCGGACAGGGGACCGUGGACAGCCGCCUCCCUCUCCAGCAAUGUGUCAAAGCUAUCUCCUCGCUGCGACAGCAGCUAGCAGGGGGCGGACUUCCAUCGCGCGCCAACAUGGAAAUCACUUUAGUGACCUGCGUGCUCUUCGUCUCAUUUAUGUUUCUGCAGGGGGACACACACUCGGCCUGUUGUCAUUUGCGUGGUGGCCUCAAGCUCCUGAAGGAAUGGAAAGGCACCGACCUUGCCGGAUAUUCCACCACUGGUGCGGUACUGAUGAAAGUAUUUGCUCGUCUGCAGCUACAAUGGUCGACCUUCGCGGACGACGUAUUUAUUGAAGCGGAGAACGACCGCUUCGACGUCCCCUACAUGGAGAUCAACGACCUUAGCUUGGAGGAGCCCACCGACAACCUAGAAAAGGCAGGUAGUCUGCUCGUCAGUCUAGGCCGGCUCGUUCUAGCCCCUCGUCCUUCCGGUACAUCCUCGCCAGGUUACUGCACUGUCCUGGACAGCAAGCGGAUGGCCAUCCUCAACAAACUCCAACAUUGGACCGCCGAGUUCGACACCUCAAUCACGUCUAGCGGAAACACCCUACUGCUACGAGACAACACCGUCCUGACAGUAUUGAAGCUAUGGAGUGAAAUCAUCUACAUCAUGGCCGCAACUGAGAACCGGCUCGGAGGCAGCGAGACGCGAUUUGACGCCUUUCACAGCAACUUCGGACGGGCCGUCGCACUGGCGAAAAUCCUCUUAUUAGCCACGCCCGCCCAAUCCGUCAUGCCGAGUUUCUCCAUCGGCAUGGGCAUCAUUCCUCCCCUUUUCUUCUGCGCCUUCAAGUGCCGGGACUGGUACAUCCGCCGGGAAGCCCUGCAGUUGCUACGCAGCUGUCAAAGACAAGAAGGUCUCUGGACGACACCGGGAGCGGUGCUCGUCCUAGAAAGGAUCAUCGACAUUGAAUCGAAGGAGCUCAUGCCGGGAGACCUUGUGCCCGAAUCCCGGCGCAUCGACUCUAUCCACGUGAACAUCCUGCCGGAUGACAACAAGAUCGGGUUGUGGUACCGCCGACCGGGCAUGAGGCUGCACAACGGACGCGUGGAUGCCACUCAAGGGGUCUGGGAGAAGGCCUUGCUGGACUACCAAGUUGUGUGAAUGGCUGCAUUGGAGGAUACAGGUUCAAUAUUAUAAUAGACACAUUGUACUAGAUACCAAUUUGAUUUUUGCGUUCAUUUUAUUUCUAUUCAAGCUAGCGGCUUGCUACCAGCUAUUGACAAGCAUCUCUCUUAUUGUUGACCUCUCACCAACCUUCACUGCUACUCCCACCUAUCCUUAUACACAUCCACAACACUGAUAUCCACUACAUCCCAGCCUCACCCUCACCCCACGCAGAUGAACACUAAGAAU